AGGAGAGACCGAGAUGUCUGGUUGUGAGGGUGAGAGCGAGCAUGAUGACGACCACCUGAUCGUCUACCUGCCCAGGAGUGAGGGUGUGGUACAGAGGGAGGCUGGCUGGCUGGCUGGAGCACUCAGAGAUGCUGGAGCUAGCAUCAUCAUUCCUCAGCACCCCGCUAUCAACGCUCUGGUAGGAUGGUCACAGGCGGUGCGCGAGGCACUGAAGGAUGUGGGAGUCCAGUCGUUGUCGCAGCUGGCUGAGGAACUACGCCGGAAGACCCAACUGAGGAGGCAGCACCACGUACAGCUGGAUUCCAGGGUCUUCCACGUGCUGGACGACGAGUCCAGCGUGGGCAGUAAGGGACUCCACCUCGACGUGAGGGAGGGGAAGUAUCAGCUGAGGGCGGCACGACACGUCCCCUGCCUCCUCCUAGCCGCGCCCACCAGCCCACACGCCCGCGCUCUCCUGCUGGCUCUCUCUGACUACCUGACGCAGCAGCACUUGCCCGGGCGAGGCUGCCUUCACUGCCCUGCUCUGGGUGAGAGAAUUUACCUGAAGGACACGGAGACGGUGGUAGUGGGCGUGUGGGUGCGCCACGCCCACCCCUUCCUCAACGCCACACUCCACGCCCUCCUCGCUCACGGCAUACACCCUCAGCACGUCCACUUCUACAUCCACAACCAGGUGGAGGAGUACGGAGAGAUAGUUGAAGGUUUCAUGGCUGGUCUGCGCCCUAAGGUGAAGCAAGUGACGCUCUUUCAACCCCGAGACGUCACAAGCGAGGGGCAGGUCCGAAACUUGCUUCUAGAGGAGUGUUUAAGACUCGGGUGUAAGUGGUACCUUCACGUGGACUCAACUGCCUAUCUUAACCCAAAUAUACCGGCUGUGUUGCUCAGCCUUGAACACCCGGUGCUAGCACCCGCUCUCAGAGCAAAGAAUGGGGAGGAAGCGACGUUUUGGCGAGAACUGGAGAGUGAGAGCAGUCGUCCCGGCUACUCUUGGGACCACACCCACCUGAUGAACGACCAGCUUGAUGCAAGAGGCUUCUGGCAUGCUUCUUGCAUCCGAUGGGUGUACGCAGUCCGUCGCGACGUGCUGGAGCGUCUCGUCUCACCUUACACCUACGACUCUCCCAAGACUCACUCGCAACCAGACCCUGACCUGGCCUUCUGCAGCGCCCUGAGGGAGGCUGGUGUGCCCAUGGUGGUGACGACGGUUGUGCCCAACACCGGAGCUGUGAUCAAUAGUACCAACCAUAACGUUAACACUCCCGAUCUUCUUACAUACGUGUCCAAUCCUCUGUUGUGGAACCUGAUGUAUGUGAAUCCUUCCUGGACUGACAUCAUGAAGGGAAAUUUUUCCAAGAUUACGAGGGAUCCAAGGAAGAAGACCGGCAUGGAGGAAGUUCCGACAGUGGACCAGUGGACCUCUCAUUUGGGACUGGACCACUUGAUAAAGAGGCUCUUUGAUGAUAUCUUCCAGAACCAACUUAUACUCUCCUUCCCGUAUAGUCUGAAGGGAGCGAUAGUGUUGUCGCUGGUGGCCAGGUUCCAGGCGGGCGAGGUGGCUGGCUUGUCCCACCAUCAUGAUGCCUCUGCUAGUACCUUCCACAUACGCCUCACUCCCUCGCAUCUCUACCAGGGUGGUGAGCUGGAGUUCCCAAAGCAGAAGUGCAGGCUGAAGCCUGAGGUCGGUGAUGUGCUAACGUUUCCCGGCCGCCUCACCCAUCCUAAAAUCCUCCACAAUGUCACUACUGGCACCCUCCACAAGAUGAUCUUCCACAUUGAUUCUCUUAGUACCCAAACUGAUCACUGUUAAUUACUGGUAGCUUUUCAUGAUAAAUGAAAGUGUUUUGUCAGUUUUACCUUAAUCCAUUUUUAACCUGAGGUAACAUAUGCACCUUGAUAUGUUCUGGUUGAUUUUAUAGUUACAGAUUUCUCACUUAUUAUACUCAUAGUGAAGUACUAAAUUCAGAAGGGUCAAAAAAAGCCAGUAAUUAGUGACAAAUGUAGCCUCAUUUGAUAUUGUUUGGUGGGUGAGGUCAAGUGGUUCAUAUAUUUGUCACUGCUUCAAGAUUCUCUACAUUUUACCUCCAGCCUAGAUGAGUUCCAAAAGAUUAUGUACAGUAGUAAAAAUUACAGGAGUACAGAGGCUAAAAGUAAGUGCAUUGCUAUAAAUACUGGUGAUUAGUUUAUGGUAAACUGAUGCUGGCAAGAAAUCAGCUGCUACCACCCAAGUUUUUGAUCUACGUACCUAAUAUAAGUGUAUUACAUUCAUGAUAAUGACAGUGCUUGGCAUUUGACUCCUUCCACUGCUGCUAGGUUAUCUUGCUCUAAUAAUGGAGGAAUUGGAAGAUUUUCAGUUUCAAAUGAAUAUCAAAAGCAAUGAAAUAUGCUUCUCAGUAAGCUGUUUAUUCAGAAGAAAACAGAUUAUGUAUGCAGGAGGUAGAGGAGUUCAAACUUUGAAAACUUCAGACUUAGUAAAGAAUGGUUGGAAUAAUUUAAGAAGCAUUAUAACUUUAAUAAACCUUUAUUCAAUGGUGAUGCUUUGAGUGCUGAUACUGAGGCAGCUGUCUCAUGUCAGGUUAUUUAAAAAAAUCACAGAGAAUAUUGAGUGUUGAUGAAAAAGGGCUCUUCUGGAAGAGGAUGCUUUGAAAUAUAUUUAUGGGUAGUACAGUACCCAGGGAAUAAGAUAUAAUCAACCUUUAGUCAAAGGAGACAACUCCAAUUCCUUUGAUUAACAGCCUUCACCAGCAUCAUGGCACCCUUCCUUAAAGGAAGGUUGUUGUGAAAAUUGCUCCAAUAUGUAAGGUAGCCAUGAAGCAUAAAAACUAAUCAACAGUUUUCUAGUUAUGUGAACAAAAUAUUGCUAUAUUUGCCAAUUCUAAAUUCACAGACCUCUAAGAACACAACCUGCUUGAAUUUUGAGGUCUGACUGUACAGUGCUAUUUCAAACUCUAUUCCAGAGCAAAAUUAUUCCUUUCUCUGCACACAUCCAAGCAACCAUUCUUGACAGAUGUCCAUGAAGCUUGCAACUUUAAAUAAUGGAGAAGUUUGUACGUGGCAUAUAUUUUGUAGAUAUUAAGAAAAUAAAUUCUUUCCCAACAGAUUCAACUCUAUUAUAGGUAGCAGGUCAAUUAAUAUGAAUAAAACACUCUUCUUGUAAAUUUUAUAUGUAUACUGGCUACUGAACCAAAACUAAGGUAUUGUAUAAAAAAUUACUAAACUUUUUUAUUCUCAAUUUGAGAAAUAUCUAAAAAAGAAAUAUUCAGAAAAUAAUUUGAAUAUUUCCUGUAAUUCAUAACAGAUUAAAAUUACAUGUAGGCAAUUAAACAAAUAACAUUCAUGUUUUCAAAUAUGCAUGUAUAAACAAUAUAAAACCAAAACAAAA